AUGAAUAAUAGAACAUCAUUAGCAACAUUAAAACGACAAACUGCUUAUACACUAGAUGUUGACAUUCGAAAAGGAGAAAAAAUCACUGGUGCAUUUGGUAAAACAUUUUAUAGAGCAAAUUGGAUAAAUCAAGAAGAUUCUCCAAUUGUUUUACUUGAAAUGAAAGUAAAUAAAACAACCGACGAAGCUUUACUUUAUAUAUCACUUCAUCAUCCACAUAUUAUAAAAACUUAUGGUCUUGUGGAACCAAAUGGUCAUAUAAUAGGUUCAGAUUCAAUAUUACUUCUACAAGAAUAUGCUGAAGAUGGUGAUCUAGGUAUAUUAUUGAGUGAACGAUAUUUUAUUCCAUCACAAUAUGUUCUUCUCGAAAUCUUUAUUCAAAUAUCAAGUGCAAUGAUUUAUCUUUCUGAAAAUGGUAUUAUACAUGGUGAUUUAGCAUGCAGAAAUGCAUUAGUUUUUCAAUCACAUCCAUAUGAACUAAAACAAAAUCUAGUUAAAUUAAUUGAUUUUGGUUUAACACGAGAUGAUUCAAUACCAAAAGAUGUUAAAAUUCAUAUUCCAAUACGCUAUGUUGCUAAGGAAAUUUUACUUAGUCAAGGUCGAUCAAAUUAUUCACAAAAAUCUGACGUUUAUUCAUUUGGUGUUCUUAUGUGGGAAGCUUGUUCAUUCGGAGCAAUACCUUAUGUUGAUAUUAAUGAUGAUCAAGAAGUUUCUCAAAGAAAACUUCAAGAUAAAAAAUUAACACGACCGAAUAAAUGUGAUUCAAAUAUUUGGAAACUUAUGAAUAUAUGUUGGAAUGAUAAACCAUAUGAUAGACCUAAUUUUGACAUAAUUCAUACACAACUUAUGAAUAUUAAAAAUAUACAAUCAUCAUCAACAUCAUCACUUACAAAUUCAAUUUUAUCUUCAUCUCGAAUGAAUGAAAAGAAUCCAUGUUUAUUUGAAAUCGAAUAUGAAACAUGUAAUGAUUGUGGUUUACGAUAUACAGAUUAUGAUUCUCAUUUAAAUAAAUGCAAUACACAAAAAUUAACAUGUUUUCAAUGUGAUCAACAAUAUCAACGUGCAAUUUAUGAUGAUCAUAUGAAAACUUGUGCUCGACUAUCUAAAUCUAUAAUUAGUAGAAAACCAACAUUACAUAAUAAUUCUUAUAUAUCAAUGAAUGAAGAAAAUCUAUUGUUUUGUGAGUAUUGCCUUGUGCAAUACAGUAUUGAUGAGAUCAAUAAUCAUGAAAAUUGUUUUCGUGACAAACAACAAAAUCGUAAAAAUCGAUAUGAGAUUGAAAAUACUCGUCAUUCAAUUCCAUUUGAAAUCAGUAGUCAAUCAUCAUCCCAUCAAAAUAUCAAUCAGAACAAAAAACCGUUAGAUAUACAUGUCGUGUCAUCAGAUGAUAACAUAUCAUCCACAAAUGCAAGAAGAUUAAGUGUUCGAAACAAUAUACCAAAACCGACUACAACUCGAUUACCCUGUGAAAUAUGCAACCGACCGAUUGAUGAAUCAGAAUUUAAAACACAUCAAAAACAAUGUAUGGAAAAUGAUAGACGUCGCAUUGAAGAUAAAAGAAGAAAAAUCGAACAAUCAAAAUCAACUAUAGAAGUUGAAUGUACAUUUUGUAAUCAAAAGUAUUCAACAGAGGAAUUAGAUAAUCAUCAAAGCAAUUGUCGUUUAAAUCUAAUGAAUGUUUCUGAUACAUUGUCCAUUCAAUCAAGAGAGGAAUCGACUUCAAUUCCAAAUUUUCUGAAUACAUCUUCAUAUCACACUGAUUUUCAUUCAGAAAACACAACUAAUACGACACAACCGAAACCGGUUGAUAAUAAGACAACAACAUCAACAACUGCAAAUAAGAACAAACAAUUGUAA